GUUAACAGUUACUCAAGGUACAGUCAGAAGAGAUGGGUCUUCAAACCAUGGUAGAAAAUGGGCAGUGACUGUGUGGUUCGUAGAAGAAUGGGGCAUUUAUUCCAUCCUUGGCGAGCUAGGAUGGAGAAGCUCAGUGAUCGGUAUGGACAUAAACCGUUCACCCGGAUGGCAGAAGUGCAAGUGUCCCCGCUGCAGCUGAGCAGAGUGGUCGAGCUGGCGUGUAGGGCUGAAUUAUGUCCUGUAGGUGGGAAGGGGCUGUUCUGUUGGCUGCAGUGUAGGUCAGAGUCAGGAAUUUGAACUUUUGAACGAUUCUGUAAUGCUAGGAAGUACGCGUCAAAACAAACUACAUGUUCUUCGUUAAUGUAACUCCAAGCUGCUUACUUCCUCAGUGUAAUAACUAGGCUAUGAUUGUUUCAGGGCAAGAUGCUAGCUUGCGAAUCUCAUACAAAUUCUAGCUUCAUAAGCACUUUUACCGUAGCUAACAAUUGCUCCACACACACCAAGGUUAAUGUCAACAUUGACUCCUUCCAAUCAGCUGGUAUCACAUAUUUGGGCUGUUUGGCUUUGCUGCUUCCUGUUUGUGGUUGAAACAGCGAGGAGUUCGAAAAACUUAGUUACAGGCUAAUAUCGUGCUUUCAAGUGUGUAUCGACUAUCUUGGGCUUUUGUGUUUAACCAAAACCUAAGUAAGCAUCAUAUACUACUUUCCCCGGAUUACUCGCCAAAGUAAAUUGUAAAUCGAACGAAGCGAACAACUAAAGAAAAUACGGACAUGGCUGACUCUGGGGUCGAGAUGUCACCCCACCCACCGAAAGAACCGUUGAUGGGAACCAACCCUCCGAUUGAACUGUGGGUGGGAUUCGUGAACGACGUGCCCUUGGUGGGCACUUCCGCCGACAUGGUGGACGGCUUCAUUGCUCUGCUCCUGGGAGACCUAAAGACUGCAGAGGCCAAGGGCUAUAAGGACUUUCUAGAGUUAGCUGGAAUCCAUCAACUGAAGCCAGGGUCCAUCCUUCAGAACCACGAAGGCCAGACAGUAAUCGGGUGCAGCGCCAAAGUAUCCAGAGACAUAAACGACUUCAUUAUACAGGCAGUACAAAAACCAGGGGCGAGUGCCGCCAUCAAAGUAACUAAUGCAGCCAAGUCAGGUGCCGAUUUACGCGAAAACCUUACCGCGUCUUUCGAGGCACUAAGGGAUAAACUGAGAGAACGUGGUAUAGACCUGGCCAGAGAUGUGAAGCAGGAGCAAAGGUCUAACCGGGGAGAACAUGUUUUCAACAACGCCCUGCUGGGGCUAUAUGGGUCCAUAAUCGAUGAGUUCAUUAAAAGUCACGUCACAGGCGAUGACAGAGUGACGCUGGUUGGCCGUAUUCCGAACAGCCGAGUUAGUGAUGCCUUUCAAGGGCACGCCCCAGACGGUGAUCACAUCAACCUGACCGCUGCUCAGAGACGAAACAUUAGCACCUGGGUGGUACACAUUCCUUACGAUGUGGCAUAUGUGCCAAUCAACAAUAUCCUGUUUGCAUACAUGACAAAAACCAUCAGGGACAGUGCUGUUGACUACAUGAAUUUGUUUCGUCUGAAGAAAAAUAAUGUGUAUACCCAACACGUGUUGGAUAUUCUCCGUUGGAAGAUAGAAUGGAUAAAUACGCAUCGCGUUUAUCUGGACCCACUGGCGGCUGAAAGAUGGUUUUCUGAAAACCCAAAUCUUAUUCCUCAGUUUCACACAACUGAAACUGGAGUACAACUAAUGUUGAGGCACCUGGAUCCCCAGAGGUCAAGCCCGUUACGUGACUUUGUGAAUGACCUGACAAAUGCAGGUGCAACUUUUCGUUAAUGGAUGUUAGGAGUCCGCCAUCAAUUGCAGUUGCAAGUGGACCAGUUCAGAAUAGAAGCCUCCUUUCUGCCUUAGUGUUAGAAUUUUGAAAUGCUUCAUGUCAGAACAGCUAAUUAUGUUGUUACAAAAUGAGUUUCUUUCAUAAGUGAUUUUUAUCAUCAAUAUAAAUUCAAGUUGUUUAUUUCAAACUCUUGAAGCUCAGUAGAUAUGUUGCUUUGCUUUCAACUUUCGGUUGUGGGAAUACGUUUACUCUGGGUACAUUGGCAUUGGCUGAAUAAUAAUAAUAAUAAUAAUAAUAAUAAUAAUAAUAAUAAUUCUGGAAAUUACCAAAAAUCAGUUCAGGAAGUUUUAUUUCCAAAUUAGUUAUUUAAAUGUAUAUUAGAGAAAAUUUGUAACCACCGCAUAUGUUUCUAAUUGUAUGCUCUCUAAUAAAUCAACUUCUGUGUGAUCUAGUAAUUCUUUAAAGUGUAACCAUGCUUUCAUUUGUCAGUAUAUGUUUUUCUACAAGAUGUCAGAAUGUGUUGCAGCUACUGCUGGACAAAAUGAUGUAAUUGUUUGGGUGUUGGUGAUGUUUUGAAGAGCUUGGUAAAAUAAAUUGUUUGCAAACGA